GCCAGCUUCGAGGAUGGAUAUAGGGGGUUUGGAGAACAUGGUAGCCAACUCUGCUUACAUCUGUGCCAGAGGCAGCUUCGACAACAGCUCCAAUACCGCGCCCACCUGGGACAAGAAGUACCAUGCCAAGCUCAAGCUGCCCCACAUCACCCAAUCAGAAGGCCUGAGGGACACGAUUGACCUGGAAUUCGAAAACAUCUGCACCAAACAGCCCAUCGGGAAGCAACUCUUCCAGCAGUACCUGGAGACGGUGCCAGAAUACAAACCAGCGUCCAAGAUCUGGAGGGACAUCGAGGAAUAUGACACGGCAGAGGACAAGGACCGGGUGCAGAAGGCCUCCAAGAUCAUAUCAAGGUACAUGCAAUCGGGGGCCAGGAACUUUUUCUCUCAACUAGAUGAAAAGAUUGUUUCCCAGGUGAAAGAGGCACACCAGACCGCUAAGGAUGACCUCUUCGUGGAGACUCUGGAGAGCACCUUGGCUUUCCUGAAGGAUGUCCCCUUCACCAACUUCAAGGAGACCAUGUACUUCAGUAGGUUCCUCCAGUGGAAAUGGUUAGAGGCUCAGCCCAUCGGGGAAGACUGGUUUCUGGAUUUCAGAGUACUGGGCAAGGGUGGCUUUGGGGAGGUUUUUGCCACGCAAAUGAAGGGCACAGGGAAACUUUAUGCCAACAAGAAACUCAACAAGAAAAGGCUUAAGAAGAGGAAUGGCUAUGAGGGUGCGAUGGUCGAGAAAAGAAUUCUUGCCAGGGUCCAUAGCCGCUUCAUUGUCUCCUUGGCGUAUGCAUUUCAAACCAAAACUGACCUUUGCCUGGUGAUGACGAUAAUGAAUGGUGGAGACCUGAGGUACCAUAUCUAUAAUGUUGAUGAGAAUAACCCAGGUUUUGAAGAGCCCAGAGCCUGCUUCUACACAGCACAGAUCAUCUGUGGGAUGGAACAUCUUCACCAAAACAGAAUCAUUUACAGAGACCUCAAGCCAGAGAAUGUACUCCUGGACAAUAAUGGAAAUGUGCGUAUUUCAGACCUUGGUCUUGCAGUUGAGCUGAAGGACAGUGAAACAAAAACAAAAGGUUAUGCAGGAACCCCAGGUUUCAUGGCUCCUGAGCUCCUGAGAAGCGAAGAGUAUGACUUCUCAGUGGACUACUUCACCCUGGGAGUGACACUGUACGAAAUGAUUGCAGCCAAGGGUCCCUUCAGAUCCAGAGGAGAAAAGGUUGAAAACAAGGAAGUUAAAAAGCGUAUUCUCAAUGAUCCGGUGAGCUACACAGAGAAAUUCAGUGAAGAGGCCAAAUCCUUUUGUGAAGGGCUGCUGGAAAAGGAUGUGACUAAGCGACUUGGGUUCAAGGAUAACAGCUGUGAUGAGCUCCGGGUUCACCCAUUCUUCAGCACCAUUAACUGGAGAAAGCUGGAUGCAGGUAUACUCCCACCUCCAUUUGUUCCAGACUCUAAAACCGUCUAUGCAAAAGACAUCCAGGAUGUUGGUGCCUUUUCCACUGUUAAAGGUGUUAACCUUGAUGAACCUGAUAAAGAAUUUUUUGAUGAGUUUGCAACUGGCAACAUCGCGAUACCCUGGCAGGAGGAAAUGAUAGAGACUGGUGUUUUUGGAGAGCUCAGCGUGUGGGGCACUGACGGAGAAUUACCAAAUGAUCUGAGGAGGGAAUCCAUUACAGAACUGCCAGCAAACAAAUCCGGAGUCUGCUCUGUUUCUUAGGAAGGCAGUGUCCUUUUCAAGAAGAAUACGUGUGACAUGUGGAUGAAUGAGGAAACUGAAGAGCUAUGGUUAUAGAGUGCAGGAUUUUGUUUUUCAUCAGGUUUGGUGCAAGAUGUCUUCCCAUUGAGCGCAGAGGUACAAGCUGCUGUUGAUGCUUGUUCAGUCCCAUGCCACGAUGCAGAAGACUAAGACGCACAGGUUUGUUUUGUGUCCAUGGGAAAGAUACUGAAACCCUGGGACACUGUCCUCAAAACCAGAAAGAUAAAUGGGAUGACCCUAUGACCCUAAGCGAAAGUUCACAAAACACGAAGAAAGAGUUUCGGGUCUUUUUUAAUAAACCUGUAUGCAACUCUGUUUCAUUCUGAUGUGCACUGCAAUGUAUUUGGCUGCAGGAUAAUGAUGGCACAAGUACAUUUUGUUAUGUUCAGCCAAUGGAAUGACAUCCUGCCCCCAAGCCAGCUGGAAACAGAAUACUGAACACUGUACUCUUUUUAGAGUAAGCUAGUAAGUAGAAGCCCCAGAUUCAAGAUAUAGCCAAGUUUUAGUUAAUAUGAAUACAAACAAAACUGUAUGAAAUAAAAAUAGAAAAUCUAAUAUAUUAUAAAUAUGAAACACAUUUAGAGUUAUGUUGGAGGAAUUUUAACGUUUGAGUUGAACAUGUAUGAACUGGGUACCCAGGAUCAUAAUUUACUUGGUAAAAACACAAGCUGGUUGACUAACAUUGUCAUUCUCUACAGACUACAUGAUAAAGUUUUCAGUACUGUACUCAUUGUUACUAAUGCAAUUUGACUGCAGUGGCCUAUUGCAUGUGUAACAAAUACUGUGCAAUUCAUUCAUUAUUGUAUAGACUGAACAGUAGGGCAGAUCGGGCACAUAUUUGCAUACCUGCAUACUGUACAUUACAGUUGCAAUGUAAGUGGAUUAAAAUCUACACUUUGAGUUAUAAAGCAGGUUCACAUUUCCUCUUGAAGACACUGUGUGCUCCUAUGAAGCAAGUGCAAAUACAAUGGUAACAUUUCUCAAGAGCAGAACACUGCAAACGGAAUGAUUUAAAACUAACAGGAAAAAAAUAUUUGUUCAUAUAUAUAAUGUACUGGUUUUAUUGUACUCAUUUUAUUUUACUCCUCUAUGAAAAUUAGCCUUUGCACUUGCUUCAAGGCGUAGUAUGUUGUCUGAUCCAUAAGGUGAGAUCAUUAGCCUAAGCAAUAAUGUUGUUUUUUUCCCAAUGUGUGUCAAAACUGGUUUCAUGGAGAUGGUAGAUUUGUGGGUCUAGUUCUUGUUUUGCAUAAUGAACAAAAGCUUACCCUUUUGAAUCUUCACAGCUAAUUAAUGCACUUGAAAAUAAAAGCAUACGUUUAUAACUCUGAUCAAGCUUGCAUUGUUUUUGCUUACUCUCACAACUGAAUCUAAUAAAUUGAUUAGUGAAGUCUAUAUUUCAUACAGAAGUUGUGCAUGACAAUGAACUAUUGAGCACUGGCAGAGAAAUC